GGACUUGUGAAAACGCCCACCCAGCUUGUAGAUCGUAUGCACUUUGAGUUUCGCGUGAUGGAUGGGGAAGAAACGACAGAUAAACAGAGGAAGGUGGUUCACUUGGUGCUGGUGCUAAUCGUAUAGAUUUUGAGACGUUUUACCCAAAUGAAAGACUACUUGCUUGGAACGCACUCGAAGACACCGAACAUCGCAAAAUGCGAAGAGCUUGCAAGCGAAACCAUCAGAACGAGUUUAACUUUGAAGGUGCUUCAACACUUCGAUAAACUUGAUCUUGAGGAACGCAAGAUGUACGUGACGGUGUUUGACAUUUUGGUAGCGAAGGACUAUUGCCAGUUUUCGACCGAGUAUUUACUCACUGAGGAGGGGAGGAAGAUAAUCCAACUCUUAGUGGAUGGAUAUAAGGACACAGCGAUAGCCCUUAAUUGCGGCAUCAUGCUUCGCGAGUGCAUCAAAGUUCGCUGCAUCCACGAAUAUCUCUUGGAUCACAGCGAGAUCAUCGAGCCAAUCUUCACGAACUACUCGCAUUCACCCACUUUUGAGAUUGCCUCCGAUGCGUUCAACACGAUCCAGAGUUUGCUCCGAAACAACAAGCAAUUGGUCAGCAAAAAGAUGAACGCGCAAGGAGAGUUGUAUUCAAAGGUGUUCGGGUGGUACGCUGCAUUAAUCAACCACGAGGAAUACGUGACUCGCCGCAUGUCGCUGCAGCUGCUAAACGAAUUUUUACUCGAUAAAGUCAAUUUCGAUAUCAUGAUCGCCUACAUCGGCGAUGUCCAAAAUCUAAUGAAUAUCAUGAAUGUGCUCCGGAAACCGGAGCCGCUCGUUCAAUAUGAAGCCUUCCAUGUUUUUAAAGUGUUCGUUGCCAAUCCAGAGAAGACGCCCGAGGUGAAGGCGGUGUUGAAGCAGAACUCGGAGAAAUUGAUCGCUUUCUUGCUGGACUUCCUUCCUGGAAAGGAUAAUGAACAUCAGUUUGUCGAUGAGAAGAAACUUCUGAUUAAGAUGCUGAAAGAACUGUGAUCUCGAUAUAAUUGGAACUGUGUAGUUAUGUUGUAUAAUCCUUGCGA